CAAUCUUUAUAAAUGUUUCUAGAGUCUAGACACUAUCUACCCUUCAAUUUUGUUCCUUUCCUUGCCACACCUGCUCCAUUGCCAGUGCUGUCAUCUAAUGUUGGUUGAUAUUCCCAAUAUCAUGGAAUCUCUGCAUAAAGAAUGGCCUAUGAGACAGGCAGUGAUUUCACUGUUGACCUACUCAUUUUCUGCUCAUGAAAGUCAUCCACUGAUGAUGUCAAGCCAUUGACCAUUUUCAUAUCCAAGUUGGUUCUCAGGUGGACUUCAGCAAAUAAGACUGUGAUAGGCAUUAAGUCAGGUGGCAGGGAUGGCAAGGAAAAGGGAGGAGAAGGCUGCAAAGGCCUCCUAUCAGAAAGAACAAAAAGUGAAGAAGUCCUUGACAGGCUCCAAGUUUGAUGAUAGCUUUGUAAGUGUGAACAAACAACUCUCUCCACUUGGCCUCAUGCUGCGUGAGAUCCCCGGUGAUGGGAAUUGUCUUUUUCGUGCCUUGGGAGACCAACUAGAUGGACACACCAUGAAUCAUCUGACACAUAGGCGGGAGACAGCUGAAUAUAUGAAGGAGCACCGCCCAGACUUUGAGCCUUUUGUAGAAGAUGACAUCACCUUUGACAAACAUGUUGAAAGCUUGGGAGAACCCGGGACAUAUGCUGGUAAUGAUGCCAUUGUUGCCUUUGCCCGGCGCCACAAUGUUAUUGUCGUGAUCCAUCAGCUGAAUGCCCCCCUAUGGAAAGUCCAUGGUGGAAAGAAAGGUGCCAAGGAAAUUCACAUUGCCUACCAUAAUGGAGAUCAUUACAAUAGUGUUCGACGCAUUGGAGAUCAUUCUGACAGCCCUGCCAACGUGCGAAUUGGAUCUCCAACUCCUGAAAAUGAUGGGAAUGAUGAAGUGAAUCUAUCUGGACUAAGUGAAAUGGAAAAAUAUGUGAUGGAGCACACUAACUGCAUGGAUCCAAUUAAUGUUCGCCAGGCUCUUGAAGACAACGAAUAUGAUGUCGAGGCUACUGUUGAUUUCCUCAAUGUUCUCUACAGAUGUCGCAAGUCUUUUGGAAAUGUGAAUGAGAGAGGUGGAGGGAGCUUGUGGGGAGAAGAAGGGAGUGGUCGAAGGAUCUUUGGGGAUGAAAUAGCCGAUGAUGUAGCAGGGAACCAAGGCGCCCGACCAAAGGACUCAUCCCUCUCUGCAGCAGGGAAUGGGAUCUCCAAAUACCAUCAGCCCAGAGUAAACCCCAUUGUUUUGUUUGUUAUUCAUCCCAUGGGGAAAUGGGUUAACCCGGAUGAAUCUGAGGUGAAGAAGACCAAGAUGCCACCACUUUCGUGCAGUUCAGAGAGUGAGCCUCAUGUCACCAAACACAUAGAGAGCCUCAGCAUCUGAUCCUCUCCUCUGUCAUUUCUUUUCCCUGUCUUGUGAAACAGAAGUACCUUUUUUGUCCAUCCUUCCCUGUUUACUGCCCUUAACAUUUGUUCCUUAGCUCAUCAGGUCUUUUCUCAUGUGUGGCCAGCAAAAAAACUCAAAGAAAUAGGCACACAUACAGAAGAGCCUCUGUACUGUGAUUGAUUUCCUCGUGAAGCCCGCCCAGCCCCUUGUUCAUGGAUGACACCUUUUUUUUUUCUUCAUUUUCUCUCCCUCUCUCAUCUCUGGUGCUUUCAGAAACUUAGAAACUUUUCAGGUGCUUGAUGCACCUUACCAGUCUUCAGAAUUUAGCCAACUCAAGAAGAAACUGCUAUUAUGAAAAGAGAAAGUCUGUUCUGAGUAUUUAUAUUGUGCUCAACUUACUGUGACUAGCAUUAGAAUCAUCCUGGGAAUUGUCAUGUGACUUUAUUUGGGAUAUCCUUCUCUUGUCUUUUUGUGGCAGUGAUUGUUUUGCCAGGUGAGUUGAGGAAGGGCACUAGAGGAAUUGUCCAUUCAUUACCUUACAUUAUGUUACAUUACAUUACAUCACAUCACCAUAAAGUACAUGAAGAUACAAUGAAGAAUAAAAGCUUUGUUGGAUUCCAUU